CAAAAGGUAAAAGAAAAUAAUUUUUCUAUGAUUUUUAUGCCGUUUGAUAUUUUGAUUUUUCAAAGUUUCGAUAUAUCGAAAUAUCGUUGCGUUGACAGCCGCCAUUCGAUGUUUCUCAUUUGCAUCCAAAAAGCGUCUUUGGCCGGCUUUUUACUCCAAAUUUUACCAUAUUUUCCGUGCAAAAAAGUGUAAUUUGUGAGUAGAUCAGUAUUCCACGAGACUAGCUCGAUGCCGCGAUCGAAGAUAAUUCUUGAAAAUGUCCCUAAGGACGACAAGUCCUUUUUGCUACAAUUGCCACCCGAUGGAUAUCGUCGCUGGGACAGAUUGAGAAGAGACCACCCAACGCCUCUUGUUUUUGUGGAAUACGAAACUGCUGAUGAUUGCAAGAAUGCCAUUGAAGUCAUUAACAACGAUUGCUCUCUCACGUUCCGGGCGAAAAUGUGUGUUGAGAAGAGCGAGAAGCAAAACAGGCGUUCGGAUUCACAGAAGAUCAGUGUCAGCUCAUCCAGACAGAGUGUUGCAAAGAUGCCACUUUGUGUGCUGUGCGAGAAGCCCGCGACGUUCAUGUGCGAGCGUUGCCUGGAUCCCUACUGCUCGGCGAUUUGCCAGGAUGUGCAUUGGAGUUCCCAUCGUGCGAUCUGCCGCCGAAAGCCACGACUUGUUCCCUUUGAGAACUCUGAUGAGAUUAUCGCUGAAGGUCUUCCGGAAUUCACGACACCAUCCAAUGACUCGAUGAGUGACAAGAAUGCCUAUGAGAGUUUUGCGAAGCCUACCAAGAAGGUCCUCACGAAUGGCGUACCAAAGACUCCCACUCUUCUCAAUGGUAAUGAGCGCAAUCAGAGCCAAGAUGUGCCUAAGGAAGAUGUUCCAAAGCAACACAGUGCAAUGCCGGAGGUGCCUGAGACUCUUCCGCAGCCAGCAUUGGCAGCAGCCUCUCCUGAACAGCCUGUGAAGACAAUGCGUAAGAUUCUGGCUGACAUUCCACGCGUGGAAUUUCCGCCAAGUGGCACCACAAUUGCCGUUGUCUACGUGCCGGAGAAGGAGAACAACAAUGCAAUGUUCAUCCGUGCUCAAGAGACUCGCGACACCAUGAAGAAGAUUCUGGACACAGCCAAAACGUAUGCUGAGAAACUGCCCGACCUGCAGAAGCCUCCGGUGUAUGGACAGCUCUACUUGGCACCUUUCCUGACGGAGCCCAACGAUGACAACUGGUAUCGCGUGUUGGCGAAGACAUUCAAGCCCGACACGAUGACGGUGAUUGUGGCCUACAUUGACUUCGGGAAUACGGACGAGGUGCCGAUGACGAGUCUUAAGGAGAUGCCCAAUGAGAUGAUACAGUUGCCGCGCGUGUCAUUCCGUGUCGUAUUGAACGGAAUCACCAGUUUCGAAGACUCCGAUAAGGCCAGACGCUACAGGACGGAAUUGACGCAGAGGCUUCUGGUGAUGAAGUACGAGGGAGAGCCAGAUAUGAUGGCGACUCAAGUGAAUCUCUAUGAGGUGGACAGCGACAUGUGCAUUAAUAAGUUCUUCAACACUCAAGAAGAACUGGAGAAGGUGCGUCACAUGCCUGAGCUGAAGUUCACCAUAGAUUCUGUUCCACUGAAAAUCUUCACGGUGAUUGAGAAUGUGGAGUUCAUCAUUCAGUACGAUGACUUGCUGAAGGAUGGUUAUCUGCACUUUGUGCUCAAGCGUGAAUACCAGAAGAUUGCCGACAUUACGACACUCGCGGAGCAGAUUGGCGAGAAGAGUCCUCCGUACACUCCGAGCAUGAAGGAACUCUGUAUUGCGAAGUACGCCUACGGAGAUGAUGCAGAUGAGGUGUGGUAUCGUGUGGUGAUACAUGAGAAGAUCGAGCAGGAGGAUUGCUUCUUGGCUUAUUUCAUUGACUUUGGCAAUUAUGGGAAAGUUGCGGCGAAGAAUGUUCGCGAGAUGGAACAAAAAUUGGUGCUUCUGGAAUGUCCUCUGAUCUAUGCAUUCAUUGAAGGCUUUGAUACGCCGUGGCCAGAGGAGCGCAUCGCCAAGUUCCACGAGAUUUCCGAGAAGACUCACGCCAUCUUGAAGGCUGAGAAAAUUGAGAACAAGGGUAGCAAAGGCUACUUUGUCAGCCUUCUCGCCGACGUUGUGACUCAGCUAAAAUAAUUGUGGGAAGAGGAUAAGAAUCCCCGCUGAAAUGACGACAGUUCCAAACAGGAUCAUGUGCAAGACGUUAACGUAUCCUUCCUGACAAUGUAAAACACCCAAAAGCAAUUAUUGAGAUUAAGCACGCGCUUUCUUAUCGCAAAGAGCCUCACCAGGAGCAGUGUGAGGGGAGCCUUGGCCUCCACAAUUUGUCCAAACAUCGCGAAGAGGGAGAGAAGAGUGUGUCGCAGCUCGAUGGGAAACAAUUCACACAUGCAGAUGAAGCAGACGAAUAUUGUGAUAAAAGCCAUGGUUAUGCUGAAUUUGCCGAUGAGGAAAAUCGCCAAUUGGGCAAUUUCUGAAAAGCCCGCGAGGUAAAUGCAACAAAAACAGCACCGCAGAGAACCAAAUUUUCUGAAUCAGCAGAUCCAGAUCAAACAUUUUGCCCACAAGAUUUCCACCGAAAUUCUUUUCCAUACUGUGUUUCACCUCAAGAAAACCAACAGUUAGGCGCAUUAGAGAUGUGCACUGACAAAAUUACAGUAUUCAGAGACCUAUAA